AUGCCUCUAUCAAAUGGUCCUGGCGCAUCCGGUGCUCGUCCACUUGUUGCACUACUCGAUGGACGUGAUUGUACAAUUGAAAUGCCUAUAUUAAAAGAUAUGGCAACGGUAGCUUUUUGUGAUGCUCAAUCAACAUCAGAAAUUCAUGAAAAAGUUUUAAAUGAAGCAACAGCUGCAUUAGUUUGGCAUGCAAUAACAUUAAAAAAAGAAGAUUUAGCCAAAUUUAAAGCAUUGAAAUUAAUUGUACGUAUUGGUUCAGCAUAUGAUAAUAUUGAUAUCAAAGCAGCUGGUGAUCAAGGUAUUGCUGUAUCAAAUAUUCCAUCACAAUAUGUAGAAGAAAUGGCUGAUACAACGUUGAGUAUGAUAUUAAAUUUAUAUCGUCGUACAGCAUGGUUAGCACAAACAGUUAAAGAAGGUAAACGUGUCUCAACACCCGAACAAAUACGUGAAGUUGCAGCUGGUUGUGCAAGAAUUCGUAAUGAAACAUUAGGAAUUGUUG